CCAUGUUCCAAGUCCAAGCAGCAAACAAUGCAGUAAACUGGUUUUGAACGAACCCAGCAUGGUCUGAGAUUGAGUUCCCAAUGCAAAGAUGCAGUUGCGAAUGCGAGGCACUUCCACUGCCAACGCAUUAACCCCACGCGCACACCACAUCCAUUCACAUUCCCAUUCCCUUUCCCUCUCACACCCCCACUCUCCCCCUCAAUGGUUCUCCAUCCUCCGCCACGCCAUCGCCGCCUCCGACCUGCCCCUCGGAAAGCGCGCCCACGCCCGCAUAUUAACGUCCGGCCACCAUCCCGAACGUUUCCUCACCAACAACCUCAUCACCAUGUACGCCAAAUGCGGCUCCCUCUCUUCCGCGCGCAAACUGUUCGACGCAACGCCCCACGACGCCAAAGACCUCGUAACCUGGAACGCCAUCCUCGCCGCCUACGCCCAAGCGGACAACCCCUACGACGGCCUCCACCUCUUCCGUCAACUCCGCCACUCCGCCCUGUCCACCACGCGCCACACUCUCGCUCCCGUCCUCAAAAUGUGUCUCCUCUCCGGUUCCUCCUUCGCCUCCGCGUCCCUCCACGGUUACGCCCUUAAGAUCGGGUUACUAUGGGACGUGUUCGUGGCCGGCGCUCUCGUCAACAUUUACUCCAAGUUUGGACGAAUCAGAGAGGCGCGUCUUUUGUUCGAUGGAAUGGCCGUGAGGGACGUUGUGCUCUGGAACCUCAUGUUGAAGGCUUACGUCGACACGUGUCUCGAACACGAAGCGUUGCUUCUCUUCUCAGAGUUUCACCGAACGGGACUGCGUCCCGAUGACGUCACUCUUCGUACUCUCGCGGGGGUUGGUAUGAGUAGAAAUACUGCUUUCGAAUCGCAGUUGAAGCAGCUUCGAGCUUAUGCCACAAAAUUGUUUAUACGCGACUGUGACAAUUCGGAUGUUAUUGCAUGGAACAAGACACUAUCUCGGUGUCUUCAGAGAGGUGAAGCUUGGGAAGCUGUAGAUUGUUUUAGGGAUAUGAUAAAGUCAAGUGUUGCUUGUGACAGCUUGACUUUUGUUGUCAUGUUGUCUGUGGCAGCCAGUUUGAAUUGCCUUGAACUGGGGAAACAGAUUCACGGUACUGUCAUGAGGACGGAACUGGAUCAAGUUGUUUCUGUUGGAAACAGCCUUAUUAAUAUGUAUGUUAAGGCUGGUUCAGUUUCUCGUGCGAGAUCUGUGUUUGGUCAAAUGAAUGAAGUGGAUUUGAUAUCAUGGAACACCAUGAUAUCUGGCUCUGCACUGAAUGGUUUGGAGGAGUGUUCUGUUGGUUUCUUUGUUGAUUUAUUACGUGAUGGCCUGUUGCCGGAUCAAUUCACUAUUGCGAGCGUUUUGAGGGCUUGUUCCUCUCUUGAACAGGGUGGCCAUCUUGCCACACAGAUUCAUACUUACGCAAUGAAAGCUGGUGUUGUCUUGGAUUCAUUUGUUUCAACAACUCUUAUUGAUGUCUAUUCCAAGAGUGGGAGGACGGAGGAGGCAGAAGUUCUUUUCGUUAACCAAGAUGAUUUGGCAUCUUGGAAUGCUAUGAUGCAUGGGUAUAUAAUGCGUGAUGAUUUUCACAAAGCAUUGAGGCUUUAUUCGAUAUUGCAUGAGAGUGGAGAGAGAGGGGAUCAGAUCACUGUGGCGAAUGCAGCUAAAGCUGCUGGGGGAUUGGUGGGGCUUGAACAAGGGAGGCAAAUUCAUGCUGUUGUCGUAAAAAGAGGGUUUAAUUUAGAUUUGUUUGUCAUCAGUGGUGUUCUUGACAUGUAUCUAAAAUGUGGAGAGGUGGAAAGUGCAAGCAGAGUUUUCACCGAGAUACCCUCACCUGAUGAUGUUGCUUGGACUACUAUGAUAUCAGGAUGUGUGGAAAAUGGACAAGAGGAUCAUGCUCUUUCCACAUACCAUCAGAUGAGACUUUCCAGGGUGCAGCCUGAUGAAUAUACCUUUGCUACCCUAGUCAAGGCUUGUUCUCUUUUAACAGCAUUGGAACAAGGGAGACAGAUUCAUGCAAAUAUUGUAAAACUAGACUGUGCUUUUGAUCCUUUUGUGAUGACCUCACUCGUUGACAUGUAUGCCAAGUGUGGGAACAUAGAAGAUGCACGUGGUUUGUUUAGAAGAAUGAACACGAAGAGGAUUGCCUCGUGGAAUGCCAUGAUAGUAGGAUUAGCUCAACACGGAAAUGCUGAGGAAGCCCUCCAGUUUUUCAAAGACAUGAAAUCUAGGGGUCUAAUGCCGGAUAGAGUUACUUUUAUAGGGGUUCUUUCUGCUUGCAGCCACUCUGGUUUGAUAUCCGAAGCUUAUGAGAAUUUUUAUUCCAUGCAGAAAAACUAUGGUAUUGAACCUGGGAUUGAGCACUAUUCUUGUCUUGUUGACGCCCUUAGCCGAGCGGGGCAGCUACUGGAAGCUGAAAAGUUGAUAUCAUCAAUGCCUUUUGAAGCUUCUGCUUCAAUGUAUAGAACACUGCUUAAUGCUUGUAGGGUUCAGGUAGACAAAGAGACAGGAAAACGUGUAGCAGAGAAGCUUUUGACCUUGGAGCCAUCAGAUUCAGCAGCUUAUGUUCUUUUAUCCAAUGUUUAUGCCGCCGCAAACCAAUGGGAAAAUGUGGUGAGUGCCAGAAAUAUGAUGAGAAAAGUAAACGUGAAGAAGGAUCCGGGGUUUAGUUGGGUAGAUUUGAAGAACAGAGUGCAUUUGUUCGUAGCUGGCGAUAGGUCACACGAAGAAACUGGUUUGAUAUAUAAUAAGUUAGAGUAUGUUAUGAAGAGGAUCAGAGAAGAAGGAUAUGUCCCUGAUACGGAAUUUGCACUUGUUGAUGUAGAAGAAGAAGAUAAAGAGUGUUCUUUGUAUUAUCACAGUGAGAAGCUAGCAAUAGCUUAUGGGCUUAUAAAAACUCCUCCAUCCACAACAUUAAGGGUAAUUAAAAACCUCAGAGUGUGUGGAGAUUGCCAUAGCGCAAUCAAAUAUAUAUCAAAGGUUUUUAAGCGUGAAAUUGUUUUGAGAGAUGCAAAUCGAUUUCAUCAUUUCGGGAGUGGGAUCUGCUCUUGCGGCGAUUACUGGUGAUGUGAAUUUAAUCUUUCCAUAAAUUGGUACCCCAUUUAUUUAAUUGGGCUAAUAUUAAAGUUUCAGAGUGUUUCCAAAUACUUAGAGUAUUGCCAUACUUGGACCAUUUAUUCUUGAAACCAUUCUCACAAUUAUCAAGGAGCUUACUACAUAACUUCACCAUAAUUAUUUUCUAGUGGUGGAUGAAAAAAAAAUCUGACAACCAUAACUUCAAUAGAAUUCCCAUGUACUCUCACAUAGUUCAAGGUCAAAUUUGUCAGUCAAAUUGCUUGUUGAAACUAAUGCCAUUUGUAAUGGAGUUUAAAUCUAGAU